UAUUCUGGUAGAAGUUGCUGUGAUCAGUCAGUAUUUACUAUGUACUACUUUAGUCAGUAUAGUAUUUGCUGUGUAAUACUGUGUAUGACCUGGGUCAGUAUUUACUGUGUACUACUUCAGUCAGUAUAGUAUUUGCUGUGUAGUACUGUGUAUGACCUCAGUUAGUAUUUACCGUGUACUACUUCAGUCAGUAUAGUAUUUGCCGUGUAGUACUGUGUAUGACCUCAGUUAGUAUUUACUGCGUACUUCAGACAAACCUGUUUGGUGAGUCAGGUUCAGAAACACCUAAACUCAGGCAUUUGUGCAGAUGCUUCACACGUGCUGUAAAGUUGAGUGAUCAUGAUGCUUCGCUGGCUCCUGUUUGCUGUUUUCUUUGUUUUCUGUGCUGGUGCCGGAGAACAAAAGGCAAAGCAAACCAAGAACAUGUCCAGAGGAUGGGGGAACAGCAUCAGCUGGGUGAAGAGUUAUGAAGAGGCACUGUCAAAGAUGGUCAAGAGCAACAAACCUCUGAUGGUGAUCCAUCACAGAGAGGAAUGCCCCUACUGCCAAGACCUGAAAAAGGUAUUUGUUGCUGAAAAAUCCAUCCAGACAAUGGCCAAAGAGGAUUUCAUCAUGCUCAACUUGGUGGAGGAGACUUCAGACCCAAACAUGGCACCUGAUGGUUAUUAUGUUCCCAGAAUCAUCUUUGUUGAUCCAUCUAAAACUGUUCGUGCAGAUAUUUCUGGGAUUCAUCCUGAAAACCUGUAUACCUACAGCCCUGCUGACAUCCAGUCCUUGGUCAACAACAUGAAGAAAGCCAAAAGCCUGAUCCAUACAGAGCUCUGAGAUGGCUCUAGUUUUUCAUGUUUGUCCAUCUCCACAGUCAACACUGCUAUAAGUUUGUUCAGAACUUGGAAAUAAAAGUGAACAAAGAGGAAAGUGUUCAAGUGUCAU